ACAGCCCAAUUCUAUAAUAACCGUAUGUGGGUCAAAGUGAGAAAAGAACGUCGUCGGAGCAGGGUUCGCCGCCAUUCCCUUCCCCUUUUCCGUUCCGAUUGAUUUCUGAUGCAAAAGGCUCUCCAUUGGAAGUGAAUUCUUGGUUACAAAAAGAGGAAAAAAAAACCAUGGCUGCGAAUUUUUGGACAUCAUCUCACUACAAACAGCUUUUGGAUCCCGAAGAGGUUGACGGGGUACAUCAGAUUGACAAAGAAAAAGGCAUCAGUAUUGAAGAUUUUAAGCUCAUCAAGCUGCACAUGGCCAAUUAUAUUGCAAAAUUGGCUCAAAAUGUGAAAGUCAGGCAAAGGGUGGUGGCUACUGCCAUUACAUACAUGAGACGUGUCUAUGUCAGGAGGGCAUUGACUGAAUAUGAUCCUCGUCUUGUUGCCCCAACUUGCUUGUACUUGGCAUCAAAAGCAGAAGAAAGCACUGUACAGGCCCGUCUCUUAGUAUUUUACAUUAAGAAAUUACAUUCGGAUGAUAAGUACAGAUAUGAAAUUAAAGACAUACUUGAAAUGGAGAUGAAAAUUCUGGAAGCCCUAAAUUAUUAUCUUGUCGUAUUCCAUCCAUAUCGUGCAUUGUCUCAGUUGCUGCAGGAUGCAAACAUGGGCGACACAACUCAGUUAACUUGGGGAAUUGUCAAUGACACCUAUAAGAUGGAUCUGAUUCUUGUACAUCCUCCGCACUUGAUUGCACUAGCCUGCAUAUAUAUUGCAAGUGUGCUUAAAGAUAAAGAAAACACUGCCUGGUUUGAAGAGCUUCGGGUUGAUAUGAAUGUGGUGAAAAACAUUGCAAUCGAGAUAUUAGAUUUCUAUGAUAGCCACAAAAUGAUCACUGAUGAGAGGGUGGCUGCCGCAAUGAUCAAAUUGAACAAAUAAGAGUCCAACAAACCAAUCACUCCUGCUGUUUCCGUUUGUAUGGACUGACGCUAGGUACAGAUGAUGCAUUCAAAAAUAGGCUGAAUAGGACUGAAAAACGAGAAGGGACAGUGUCGCUCAUUGAUAGUAACUGCUGUUUUUGUUUGUAUGGACUACUCAAUACGGCUGAUGCAGUCAAAAGAAGAGCGAGUAAAUAUGAAAAAGAGAAGGGACGGCGCGGCUCAUUCUUGCUGCUGCAAGUGAAGCUUCGCUUAGAGUUUGGGUUUUUAUGCAUAUAAGGUAGUGCGCUUCGGUUGAAUGAUGCUUUUUAGAGUUGUUGUUGUAGCCUAUUACUCGCAUCGUAGAUGUUAGCAAAAAUCUCAGCAGGAUGUUCACGACAUUCUCUUUGUAUUCAAGACUCUUAAAUACUGGUGCUCCUAAAUCAAGAGUCGAGUAUUUGAGGGUGGUAACAAAUCA